AUGGUUCAGUUCGCAACAGUCGCCUCUGCUUUGCUGCUCGCCAACCGAGUCGCGGCGCUCGACCCUAUUAUUACUAAGGGCUCGAAAUUUUUCUACAAGAAUGGUACCCAGUUCUUCAUGAAAGGUAUAGCCUACCAGAAGGAUCCCUACGGCCUCGGCGGCGAGAGCGGUGAUGGCACGUACAGUGAUUCACUGUCAGACGAGGCCGCCUGUAAGCGUGACAUUCCCAUCAUGGCCAAGGCAGGCACCAAUACCAUCCGGGUUUAUCAGAUCAACCCAGACAAAGAUUACAGUGCUUGUAUGCGCAUGCUAUCAGACGCUGGUAUCUACAUCGUUGCCGAUCUUAGCGAACCUUCUCAGUCCAUAAACCGAGUCGACCCUCAGUGGACCGUCGAGCUCUUCGACCGUUACAAAGCUGUCAUCGACAGUGUCGCAAAGUACGACAACACCAUUGGCUUUUUUGCUGGCAAUGAGGUCACCAACAACGCAUCCAACAAAGAUGCCUCCGCCUUUGUCAAGGCCGCCAUCCGCGACUCCAAACAAUACAUUAAGAACCUUGGAAAAGAUCAGCGCUGGCUCGGCGUAAGGUACGCCGCCAACGAUAACUCUGAGAUCCGCGCUCAGGCAGCCUAUUACUUCAACUGUGGAAAUAAAGAGGAGACCCUUGACUUCUGGGGCUACAACUUGUACUCGUGGUGUGGCGAGAACACAAUGUCUGGCUCCGGCUAUGAUAAACAAGUCGAGUUCUUCUCCAACUAUUCGGUUCCAGUCUUCCUGGCUGAAUACGGAUGCAAUGUUCCCGAUGGUGCUGAAGGCCGCCUCUUCCAAGACACCACUGCGCUCUACUCCGACGAUAUGAGUAAGGUCUUCUCCGGCGGUAUCGUUUACAUGUACUACCAAGAGGAGAAUGACUACGGUCUCGUCGAAGUAAAUAAUGGCAAUGCUGAGACCAUGAAGAACUACGACGUUCUGUCGUCCCAAGUAGUCAAAGCCACGCCCUCUUCUACUUCAGCCCAUAACUACAAUCCUACCAACUCACCCGCUAGCUGCCCGGAACUCUCCUCAAGCUGGGGAGUCAACAGCAAAGCCCUACCACCAACACCCGACCGUGACCUCUGUGAGUGCAUGUAUGCAUCCGUCUCGUGCGCGCCCUCCCGUAGCCUGAACACUUCCGAUUACGGUGAGAUCUUCGGCUUCAUCUGCUCUGAAAAGCCAUCGGUCUGCGCAGGCAUCAACACCAACACUACCACCGGUGUGUACGGCGCCUACUCCAUGUGUAACGAUACGCACAAGCUCGCUCACGUCAUGGAUGCGUACUAUCUGGACCAGAACUCUGCCUCGACCGCCUGCGACCACAAUGGCAAGGCAGCGAUUCGUUCCUCACCGAGCCCUGCGUCAUCUUGCAAGGCUAAGAUCGAUGAAGCUGCGUCGAGCAACGCUUGGGCUGCUACUGCGACUGCGGCCCGUGCUACUGGUUCCAGUAGUGCUGGGGGCUCUGGUGACAGAGAAAGCUUUGGUAUUGCCAACUUCCGUGUUCAGACCGUCUGCUCUUACGGCGAUUUUGGUAUUGGCUUUUAUUUUGCUGUCGCUACGAUAUUUGGUGGUAUUAUGAUUAUGCUGUAA